AUGCUCGAAUCUCCUCAUCUCCUCUCUGCCAGUCUGGCACUGUCAACCGCAAGCUUUGAGUCAAGGGGCAUGACAGAAGUCGAAGGAACGAGCACAUCUCGAAUAAUGGAACAUUUGCAAUCUUCGGGCCUGCCUUUGCUGAGAUCAGCAUUGGCUCAAGGGCAGCAGAGUGAAAUUCUUAUUGCGACAUGUCUGAUCUGGUGUCUGGCAGAUGUCUUUUCCGGACAGCAGGGGAUGUUCAGGUGGCCGAUCCACUUGCAAGGCAUAAAAGCUCUUCUUCACGGUCGCCAUGAUUAUCGGAGAUUUGUGGCUGGUGACAUGGCCUUGAGAUCUGCGAUGAAGCAUCUCUUCAUGCUGUAUCGGAGUUUGGAGACACUACCACACGUGCCUAAAAUAACAUCGGAGAAGGCUAAUCUGAUUGUCCCCGCGAAUACGGCAUACAAUCAUCAGAUUGAUGGCUUUCUCGGAUACAGCGAAGAGCUUCUCGACAUAUUGCAGCAAAUCAAUGCAUCUACACCAGGGUCAGCGCUAAAUGACUCUUCUAUAGAUGCAGAUACCUUACUUGGUAAGCUGAACGCUAUGAUCAGGCGGGAUGUCAAGUCGCCACCAGGUGUCUCGAUAUCAUCUCUUUCAUCACAGUCAGGUCGUGAGUUUGCACUCUGCAACAAAGUCUUCCAACAGGCGACAUUGAUUCAGCUAUAUCGACAGUUAUACGGCCUUCCCUCGUCAUCACAACUUAUACAGGAUGCUGUUCAGACUAUCAGCGGAAUGAUCAGCAACAUGGCCCAAGGCGAGCCAUGUAACACUUGGGUCGCAAUGGCCAUGCCCCUGUUCACUGUUGGUUGUGAAGCUUACAAGGAGGAACAGAAGACUUUCAUCCUUGAUAAGAUACACAAGCUUGAGAUUUGCAUCGGGUCAUUACAUGUCAAGGUAAUUGAACAGGCACUCAAAGAUAUUUGGAAGAUCAGAGAGGACUGCAACGAUUUUGAGGGAUACCUGUGUGCCAGCCAUUUACUAGGUAAGUCUCUACUUCACUGUUCAUCAAGAACAUAG